CUAUGUAACACGAUCCUCCAAUCAGUUAAAUAACACAGGACUUGGGGUCGACGUCCUAUGCGUGUACAGGAUGUGAUCGAAUCUCGGAGUAAAGGAUGUGAUCACGUUUCAUGUCGCAUGCACGCUUUAACGCUUUAAAGGGAUAGCUGGAUUGGCAACUUUACCACAGUCCAGUAAAUAGUUUAAGUGUAAAGCUGUGAUUUGUCGGACUCGGACUGAUGUUCAUCACGCACAGCCAUGCGAGUUACAAACCUAGAAAUGUCCACAUGGGUUUUUGAGAAGAGAUGCGUGCUGUUAACAGAAGGGAAGGUUAGCAUCUGUGCAGCAGGUAGAGGAGAGAGCGCCGCUUCAACUCCAGCACAAUGAAGCUUUCACAGUUCCACAAAGCUGCAGUAGCGGCUCUGCUCACCUUCUGUACACGCGUAAAAUCCAUCCCUUUAGAUUGUGAUCCAGAAUACCUGUGGCUUCAGGAGGAGGAGAACUGCAACAACAUCAUCCAUCAAGACAACAUUACACACACUAACUCCACAGGCUGCAGUGCAUUAUGGGAUGAUGUGAACUGUUGGCCUCGUGCAGAGGUUGGAGAGGUGAUCUCUCAACAGUGCCCCACAUUCCUCAGGGCCAAAGGAAGUGUAAGGAGAAAUUGUACAGAGAAUGGGUGGUCCGAUCCGUUCCCACCAUACAUACUGGCCUGCGGAUCCAUGAAUGGCAUAGUGCACCCUUCCUCAGACAUGAUGUUGGCAUCACAUGAGUACUUCAUGUGGGUAAAGAUCAUGUACUCAUUGGGGUACAGCAUCUCAGUUAUCUCCCUCACCAUUGCUUUCAUGCUGCUGUGUGUGUUCAGAAAGCUCCACUGCACUCGGAAUUUCAUCCACAUGCAGCUCUUUCUGUCCUUCAUUUUGCGGGCUGUUUUCAUUUUCAUCAGGGAUGCAGCAUUACACAAUUCACAGGAUUAUUACCACUGUGAAUCUCACCCGCUUGGCUGUAAGGUCGCACUGAUCUUCUCUAACUAUGGUAUACUGGCCAACUAUAGCUGGCUGCUGGUGGAGGGUCAUUACCUGCACAGCCUCAUCCACCUGUCCCUACGUUCCCCAAGAAAACGCCUGCACUGGUACAUCAGCUUUGGCUGGGGCACUCCCAUGUUCAUCAUCAUCGUGUGGAGUGUCGCCAAAUAUCUGCGGGAGGACGAGGGGUGUUGGGAGACAAGAAGCAGAGGUUGGAUCUGGUGGAUUCUGAGAGUUCCUGUAAUCCUGUUCAUUACAGUGAACCUCCUGUUUUUCCUGAGAAUCAUACAAACAAUAGUAAGCAAGAUGAGAGCUCCAGACAUGAUUGGAAAUGAGUUUAAACAGCACAAGAAGCUGGCCAAGUCCACACUGCUGCUAGUAUCACUGUUUGGUGUGCAGUAUGCCCUCUUCACUUUUUUCCCUGAUGGAGUCAACGUUCUCACCUUCCAGAUCUGGAACACCAUCGAGCUUGCCCUGGCCUCCACACAGGGCUUUACAGUAGCACUUCUGUACUGCUUCCUGAAUGGAGAGGUUCAGCAUGAGAUUACGCGGCGCUGGCGAAGGUGGCGUCUAAAGCAGAGUGUCCAUGGCGACGCCAGAUUGCACCAUGGUUCCCUUAGCCAAAGUGGCCUACCGCUCACACAGAUCUCACUCUUAGCCAGAGUUAAUAACAUAUCCUAACAAACACACAGCAGACCAUAAAACAGUCAAGCUCAAUAAAAUAUUAUACACACAAUCUACUGUAAAGCAAAAAUCCAUAAGCUCUUACUAAUUACAAACAUGACCCAGUAACUCAAACUAUAAACAUUAAUAGUGACCUACAUUAACAGUCUCAGUGUAGUCUGACUGCAAGAUGCACUAUGGCUGAACGGAGAAUGUGUUCUCUCAUGCAUGCACACACACACAAUCACACACACAAUCACACACACACAGAGUGUUUCAGUUGCCAGGUCUCAGUCCCAUUAAUCUGCUGUUAAUAGAAUCAUAGUUGACUGAGUAAUACAAGAAAUUUCACCAGUCUACUUAAAACACUGCAAUAUAAGGAAAAAAAUUUUAUGCUAUAUUUAUAUGAUACCAUAAAAUGGCUUUAAAGCUACAAACAGCAUAGACUAAACAAAUGGUAGAUUAUUCAUUUUUCUUACAUUACGUUUAUAUUAUGUCAUGUUAUAAAUUAACAAUGUUUUGGCAAACUGCAUCAAAAGGUUUAAAAAAAAAAAAAAAAAAAAAAAAAACUGUCUUCACUAACCUGAACACUCCACACAACAUAUUGUUUAAAUUAUCAUGGAUCAUAUUGGAUCAUGUUCCACUGUCAUUGUUUACUAUAGUUUUAAUUACAUAUUCCUAGCCAAGGGCUCAUUUACAAAAGAGAAUUUUCUCAAAGCACUUCUCGCGGGAAAAAAAACAAGCCCCUGUUGUCCAGUUUUAAUACCAUUUAGCCUGUUGUGUCUAUAUGUACAUGCUAUGAUGUACAUACGUGUGAAAAAGAAAAAAAAACAGAUUAUAAAGCAUCGAAGGAGAUAUUGAUAAUAAUGUUGCUUCGUGUUAUUUGUUGUUACUUGCUAUAUAGGGUAAUGGUGUAGUUUUUUGUGCUGCUUAGCACAAUCGAUUAUAAACAUGAUUAAAGUCUAACUUUGUGAAUUGUGUGAAAUAUAUACAUGAUGUGAAA